AUGGCCGCCGCAAACAGCCAUGCCGGCCUAAAUAUCGUCGACCAUGACAAGGGGCCGAUGAUUCUGGCAACCUCGGUCGCCGUCACCGCCGUCAGCACCUUGUUCGUCGGUGCCCGCUUGUUCACCCGUGCCCACAUCAUCAAGAAGCUGUAUCUAGAUGAUUAUUUCAUCUUCACAUCCAUGAUUUGCAGCUGGGUCACGGUCGCCAUAUCAACCAAAGCAGUUUCAUACGGUAGUGGCCGCCAUGCUGCUCUCUUGACCGAGGAUCAGCUAUCUCACGCCAUCCUGUACACCAUGGUCGCUUUCUUGCCGGGAAUCCUGUCAUUUGCGGUACCCAAGCUGGCCGUCGUGGCCUUGUUGACGCGCAUGCUCAAUCCGAGCCGCGUACAUGCCAUCAUAAUGUGGGCCACUGCUAUCAUUUGCCUGAUCAGCUUGAUGGGUUGCGUUGCUAUUUUGUUUGGGCAAUGCACGCCGACCCAUUCCAUGUGGACCUUCAGUGUCAAGGGGAAGUGCUGGAGCCCCAUGAUAUUGGUGAAUUACUCGAUUUAUGCAGGAUCCUUUUCCGCGUUCACUGAUCUGUACUUUGCCGUGUACCCUGCCAUCGUGCUCUGCAACUUGCAGUUGAACGUGAGGAAAAAGAUCGCACUCUCCUGUGCGCUGGGAAUCGGUUCCGUAGCCACGGCCGUAGCCAUUUACAAGUGCACGCGUAUCCCAGGUCUAGCCAGCCCGGACUUUGUUUAUGAUACUGCCGACCUCACAAUCUGGACUGCGAUCGAAGGGUCCACUCUGAUGAUCGCAGCGUCGAUCCCUAUCCUGAAGCCGCUGAUGGAUCUCAUCUUCGGCCGCCGUACCUUCUCCUCCGACGAGUCCGGCAACAAGUACAAGAAAUACGGCCCGUCGCGCAGCGGGCAGGGUGAGUCGGGGAUGGAGCUCUCAAAACGGUCUCGCAACAACGGCGGCGCGACAGACACAGGCCUGUCACAAUUUGAGACGGCCGUCGACGCGGCGAGCUGCGAGGAGGGCCGCAAGAGUGCAGACCAAGACAGCCAGACAAAUAUCAUGUCGAGCACGAGGGAUGACCCGCUGCCAUCGACGCCGUCGACGCCGCCGCUCGGGGCGAUCCGCCGGACAGACCGCGUUACUGUAACCACGUCUUAUGGCGAGGACUCGCAGAAGGGGUACCCGGUAAAUAGGUGGGGUUAG